AUGGGUGAUCCGUAUCAUCACGGAAAAACUCGUGAUCACGACCAAGAGCAGGAGGUUAUUCCACCAAUAAGGCUUGACGAUGCUGAGUGGAAGAUAAUACAACAGAACACAUUCACUCGAUGGGUGAACAAUCACCUCAAGAAGGCUGGAGAUUCCAUCCAUAGCCUGGAAACGGACUUUUCUGAUGGCCUGAAGCUCAUAAGUCUCGCCACGGUGCUUUCGCAGAAAAACGUCGGCCGAUUCAACAAAAAGGUAAACUUUCGUUCACAAAAACUUGAAAACGUGUCUCUUGCUCUUAAGUUCUUCCAAGAUGUUGAGCAUAUUAAAAUUGUAAACAUAGACAGUUCACAUAUCGUGGACCAAAACAAGAAGCUGAUUCUUGGACUGAUAUGGACUUUAAUUCUGCACUACUCCAUUUCCAUGGGGUGGGUUCAGGAGAAAAAUGAUGGUCAGCCGGAAGAAACACCUAAACAAAAACUGCUGAACUGGAUUCGUAGCAAGCUUCCCGUCGGGAUGCCACUCACAAAUUUCACCUCUGACUGGAAUGACGGCAUUGCUGUUGGAGCUCUGGUUAGUCAUUUUGGAGUCGGCAGACGUUGA